AUGGCGGCGGCCCCGGCGGAGGCGGAGACCCGGCAGCGGCUGCUGCGCACCGUGAAGAAGGAGGUGAAGCAGAUCAUGGAGGAGGCUGUGACGAGGAAGUUUGUGCAUGAGGACAGCAGCCACAUCAUCUCCUUUUGUGCCGCCGUGGAAUGCUGUGUGCUGUUCGGGCUGAAGCGGAGGGCGGCCGGGUUCCUGCGCAGCAACAAGAUCGCAGCGCUCUUCAUGAAGGUGGGCAAGAGCUUCCCCCUGGCAGAGGAGCUCUGCAGGAAGGUGCAGGACCUGGAGCAGCUCAUUGAGAACGCGAGAAAUCAAGCCCAGGGGGUCCCGGAGAACGUGCGCAAGGUGCCGAAGCUGCCCAACCUGUCUCCUCAGGCCAUCAAGCACCUCUGGAUCCGCACAGCCCUCUUCGAGAAGGUCCUGGAUAAAAUCGUGCACUACCUGGUGGAGAACAGCAGUAAGUACUAUGAGAAGGAAGCUCUCCUGAUGGAUCCUGUGGAUGGGCCAAUACUAGCAUCUUUAUUGGUGGGGCCCUGUGCACUGGAAUACACCAAGAUGAAGACUGCUGACCACUUCUGGACAGAUCCCUCUGCGGAUGAGCUGGUCCAGAGGCACAGGAUCCACAGCUCCCACUGCCGCCAGGACUCGCCCACCAAGCGCCCGGCGCUCUGCAUUCAGAAAAGACAUUCCAGUGGCAGCAUGGAUGACAGGCCAUCCCUGUCUGCCAGGGACUACGUGGAGUCCCUGCACCAGAACUCCCGAGCCACGCUCCUGUACGGCAAGAACAACGUCCUGGUGCAGCCGCGAGAUGACAUGGAGGCAAUCCCGGGGUAUCUGUCCCUUCACCAGACUGCUGACAUCAUGGCACUGAAGUGGACCCCCAACCAGCUGAUGAACGGCUCCGUGGGGGACCUGGACUACGAGAAGAGCGUGUACUGGGACUAUGCCAUGACCAUUCGCCUGGAGGAGAUCGUGUACCUGCACUGUCACCAGCAGGUAGACAGUGGUGGCACGGUUGUCCUGGUGAGCCAGGAUGGCAUCCAGAGGCCACCUCUGCGCUUCCCCCGUGGAGGACACUUGCUGCAGUUCCUGUCCUGCCUGGAGAAUGGCCUCCUGCCCCACGGGCAGCUGGAUCCACCCCUCUGGUCACAGCGGGGAAAGGGAAAGGUGUUCCCCAAACUGAAGAAGCGAAGCCCCCAGGGCUCCUCCGAGUCCGCGUCCGACAAGGAAGAUGACGAAGCCACGGAUUAUGUCUUCAGGAUCAUCUACCCCGGGACACAGACAGAGUUUGUGCCCCAGGACCUGAUGGACACUCCAGGGGCUGUCCUGCCCCCCAUGUGGCAGCCCAGCACCCGCAAAUCCUCCUGCUCCUCCUGCUCCCAGAGCGGCUCCUCCGACGGGGGCCCGGCCAACGGCUGCAGCCACGAGAGAGCUCCGCUGAAGCUGCUGUGUGACAACAUGAAGUACCAGAUCCUGUCCCGGGCCUUCUAUGGAUGGUUGGCCUACUGCAGACACCUGUCCACGGUGAGGACCCACCUGUCGGCGCUGGUGAACCACAACAUCGUGUCCCCUGAUGUCCCCUGCAGCGCCAGCGCGGGGCUCACCGUGGACAUCUGGCACAGAUACCUGCAGGACAGCUCGAGUUAUGAGGACCAGGAGCUGCUGCGGCUGAUCUACUACGGCGGGAUCCAGCACGAGAUCAGGAAGGCUGUGUGGCCCUUCCUGCUGGGCCAUUACCAGUUUGGGAUGACAGAGGCAGAGAGGAAGGAGGCUGAUGAGCAGACCCGGGCGUGCUACGAGCACACCAUGGCAGAGUGGCUGGGCUGCGAGGCCAUCGUCCGGCAGCGCGAGAAGGAGUCCCACGCCGCAGCCCUGGCCAAGUGCUCCUCAGGGGCCAGUCUGGACUCCCACAUCCAGAGGAUGAUGCACAGGGACUCGACCAUCAGCAACGAGUCCUCGCAGAGCUGCAGCUCUGGCCGGCAGAACCACGCCCGGCUGCAGAGUGACUCCAGCUCCAGCACCCAGGUGUUUGAAUCUGUGGAUGAGGUGGAACAGACUGAAGGAGAUUCUCAGUUGGAAGAUGGCAAACAAAGCAAGAUCCCCAAUGGGACAGUCCCCAACGGCACGUGUUCCCCUGAUUCUGGGCACCCCUCUUCCCAAAACUUCUCCAUCACAUCGGGGUUCUCAGAACGCAGCUUCAGCAAUGAGGACAGUGCCCUGGAAACCACCAAAUCCUCAUCCAGCUCCCAGGGAAAGGCUGCUGGCUCCGACCUGCCAGCCCCACCAGACAUGGACAGUGUCCAGCAGGAGAAGCUGCAGGGCCAAGACAGCCUGGAAGGCGAAUUUCCCACUGGUGGAAGCGUGGAUUUUGUCCCCAUGGGUGAGGGCUCGGCGGGUCUCCUGCGUGACAGUGACACUGUGGCCCUGACUGUGGUGGAGAGCUGGGCAGACAGCGAGGCUGAGAAGCAGAGCCUGGUGGAGAGUGAGGACAACCUCUCUGAGGAGCCAGAGAUGGAGAGUCUGUACCCACAGCUGGACUCUCUGACUGUGACUGAUCUGACCAGCAGUGAACCAGCUGCUCUCUCCUCCACGGGUGUCACCUACUCUCCAGAGCUGCUGGACAUGUACACGGUGAACCUGCACCGCAUCGAGAAGGAUGUGCAGCGCUGUGACCGCAACUACUGGUACUUCACCCCCGCCAACCUGGAGAAGCUCCGCAACGUCAUGUGCAGCUACAUCUGGCAGCACAUUGAGAUUGGCUAUGUGCAGGGGAUGUGUGACCUGCUGGCCCCUCUCCUGGUCAUCCUGGAUGAUGAGGCUCUGGCUUUCAGCUGCUUCACGGAGCUGAUGAAGAGAAUGAACCAGAACUUCCCCCACGGAGGAGCCAUGGACACCCACUUUGCCAACAUGAGGUCGCUGAUCCAGAUUCUGGACUCUGAGCUCUUUGAGCUGAUGCACCAGAAUGGGGAUUACACUCAUUUCUACUUCUGCUACCGAUGGUUUCUCCUGGACUUCAAGAGAGAGCUGGUGUAUGAUGAUGUCUUUGCUGUCUGGGAGACCAUCUGGGCUGCUGCUCACGUCUCCUCCGCUCACUACGUGCUCUUCAUAGCCCUGGCCCUGGUGGAGAUGUACCGGGACAUCAUCUUGGAGAACAACAUGGAUUUUACAGACAUCAUCAAGUUUUUCAAUGAAAUGGCCGAGCGCCACAACACCAAGCAGAUCCUGAAGCUGGCUCGGGACCUGGUCUAUAAAGUGCAGACUCUGAUUGAGAACAAAUGAAGGACCCGGGGCAGACGAGGCACCCAAAGAGGCAGGACUCCCCUCCAACGCUUCCUCCCUUCUCCUGUUUCUCCAAGUGCCACACCUGUGGGACUCAGGUGGUGGGACACGUGCUGCUAUGUGAGCUGGGAGUCCCCUGGGCUCAGCACAGGCCCAGGCUCAGACCUUCUGCAGUGACUCAACCAAAGAUCCCUCCAGGUGUGUUCCUGUGCUGGGAGCAGGACCAGGCAGUGGCUUCCUGGCCUCGGAGCAGCUGCUGUGGCCACCAAAACUGCUCAGGCACUGCCACAUCCCAGGGUGGAGCUCGGGGGCUGGGGGAGCAGGGCUUGGUGGCACAGAGGGAAAGCUGAUUCCUUGGAAAGCUGCUUCCUUGGGCAGCCCUUCCCGGUGGUGUGGGAAGGCAGCCAGCCCUGCGAGCCCAGGCAGCACAGGGAUGCUGCCAGUUCUCUGCUUCUCACCAACACAAUGAAGUUCUGCCAGUAAUGGGGGGCACUUUGAUCACAGAAAUUCCUCUUUUGAUCUUGUCCCUCAAUGCAUUGCUUCCCCUUCAGUGUUAUCUUUUUUUAGGGCUCUGUUUUCUCCCUGGGAUUUUACAUUGUUCCUACAAUAUCUGAGCACACAAGAGGUUUGUGUCUGGAUGGAUUUUCAGAACAGCUCCAAAUUCAGCAUUGGGGUUAUUUUUCAAAGUCCAGCCUCUUUAAUGUUCUCUGAACGCUGGGAAAUCUGGUCCUGACCUCCUCUCGGAACUCCAGGGUGGAGGUUUUCUUACCUGCCUUACUUUAGCUGCUUGUGGUAGGAGUCUGGUCUCUUGUUGUUCCUCUGAGCUCUUGUGAGGGAAGGGCUCCUCAGAAGGCAAGUCAGAGCUCCUGAUUAUCCUGACUUUCCCUCUGACAGCUUCAGGGCUGGCUGUUGAGUCCCUAAACCCACUGAGCAUCUCCAGUUAGGUCUUGGUGGGCUUUUCCCACAGGCCUGUGAGAGGAAAAUAGCCCAAGGUCCCUGAGUGGGCUUUGCUUUGGGAAGAUGCACUUGUGUGGCCACUUUUCCUGCACAGCCUGGAGCCCACUGCAUGAAGUGCCUCUCCAGCUGCUGUGUCCCACACAGGCUGCCCUGCAGAGGCUUCGGAGUCAUUUUUCAACUCAGGU